UCAUAGCAAAGCGUCAUAAGUAUGAAAUCCAUUGCAUCAUGGCUAGGACUCAUAUAAACCACAAUAUGCUUCUUAACCUCCUAAGACAACAUGCAAGCCGCUGCCAACAUAACACAAUCGCAACUGGGGAAGUUGCCUACCAUUGUCCAGCCACAAUAUAAACAUCGUGAAGAUGGCUCGACUAUGAAAGCCCUGGCAUGGUUCGGCGCGACAGACGUUCGAGUCAUCGAUGCGCCUAUCCCCGACAUCACAGAACCGGACGACGUGAUCCUGAAAGUGACCGGCACUACUAUUUGUGGAUCAGAUUUACAUCUGUACCACGGGGAGAUCCUGGCCCUUCAGAAAGGCGAUAUCUUGGGACACGAGUUUAUGGGCAUUGUCGAUCGUAUCGGACCAAAUGUUAAAAGUCUCGCCAUAGGCCAACGCGUCGUUGCCUCCUUCCAAAUCGCGUGCGGGAAAUGUCGAUAUUGCAAGGAGGGACUCUCUUCCUUUUGUGAUAACACCAAUAAUUCAACUUUGCAGAAUUACAUGUAUGGAACACGCGAUGCUGGUUUCUUCGGCUACUCCCAUUUCACUGGUGAAUAUGUUCGCGUGCCGUUAGGCGAAGUCAACCUUCUUCCCAUCCCAAACGAUGUCUCGGACGAAGAGGCUCUGUACCUUUCUGACGUCCUUCCAACCAGUUACCACUGUGUCGUCGACACCGGUGUGCAGGAAGGCGACACCGUUGGAAUAUGGGGCCUUGGUCCUAUUGGACAAUGCUGCGCUCGCUGGGCAAAAUUGAAGGGUGCAUCUCGUAUCAUUGCUAUAGACCAAGUACCAGAGCGUCUGCAGCGUGCCAGGGAGCAGGGUUGCGAAGUGAUCGACUUCAGCAAGGUUAAGGACGUCAGCCAGAAGGUCCAUGAGCUUGUUCCUGGAGGACUCGACGUCGCGCUUGACUGUGGUACAUUCCACGAGCCGAAGACCUUGCUUCACAGAGGGAUGAAGAUGCUCAUGCUCGAGACUGAUGUUCCCGAGACCGUGAACGAGAUGAUCGUGUCAGUGAGGAAGAUGGGCCGAUGCGGUCUCAUUGCUGCAUAUGCUGGUUUCACCAACGGCUUCAACAUCGGGGCACUCAUGGAGAAAGGAAUAAGAUUCAUCGGCAACGGUCAAGCCCCAGUGCACCAGUACUGGAAAGAAAUUCUGUACGACUACAUCAUCACGAAGAAAUUCGACCCCAAAUUUAUGAUUUCUCAUCGCGUGCCGCUGGAAGAUAUGGCAAAGCUGUAUGCCGCUUUUGACAAACGUGUAGGAGGUGUUGAGAAAGUCUUUGUGGAAACCCAGUUUUCCUCGCCGCCUUCCGCUGGAACACCAAAGCUCACUCGAGUUGAUGACUGGACGCGUUGAGGUCAGGCCUCGCGUCUUGGCGUCCUGCACUAUCAGGAAUCUAAGCUGAACAAGACGGCGGAGCGAAUUCUUUUCUGAUAAUUUCCGCGUCCUUCAGAGGAGUCGUAUUUAUGUAUAUUAUAUUAAACUUGUAGAGUAUUUGAUCAAGAAAAAGAAAGGUGCCGCAAGGUUCCUGCAGCAUAUGUAGCAGGCUUUGUUGGUCUGAAGUUACUUGCGAGGUCGAACAGGCUAUAAGCAUCGUCGUG